AAUGGUAAACUAUAAGGUUAAGUCAACAUUCAUUUACACUGUCUAUAUAUUGCAAAUGUUAAAUCUUUCAAUUCUCACUCAAAAAGGUCAAUAUCCAGUACAAUACGCAAUAAAUCGUCAAAAUAAUGAAGAAUUUUGUUUGAAUGCAAAACUUGGACCCUGUUGUGAUAUUGAUAAUAUGGCAUUAAAUGGAAAUGCAAAACAAUAUCAGGGAACACAAAAAACACAAUUUGCUGGCAGGGCUGUAGAUGGGAAUUUCUCUCAACAUGCUCAUACAACCUCCACUGGUAAAUACGGAAGAAUAAGAAUUGAGUUACCAUACAAUGCUAUAAUCUCAAGAAUAUUAAUACUGAAUCAGCAAAAAGAAAGAAGCAAAAGAUUAUCAUAUUUAAAAGUUUUUACUGUACAAAAUUCUACAUCAGUUGCUGCAGAUUUAACAAAACACACAAACUACAUACCAGUUGGAGAUAUAGAUUAUGUCAUUAACAAUAAAUCAUUUGCUGAGAUAUAUACAAAUAAUGUAAUUUCUAAAAUAUCAAAAUAUAUAGCAAUUGAAAGAUAUCAGAAAGUAGCUGAUCCUUCUCAAAAGGACGGAGGAGAAUUGAUAAUUGCUGAAGUAAUAGUUGAAGGAUUUCGACCAUAUAAUAGUAUUGCUGCCAAUAAACCAACGCAGGUUGUUUCGAAUGAUGACACAAUCAGUAAAAUUCCGGUUACCCAUCCACUUUUUCAAUGCAGUGAAUCUUUGACAGAAUUUGGUAAAAUAUGGAGAGUUGAUCUUCAAAAUUAUUACAAAAUUCAUCAUUUAGCUAUUUUUAAUGGAAACAAAUAUAGUUUGGGUUCCUUUGAUAUUUUCAUUCAUGAUGAUUCUGCGAAUCUGCCCAACAUCUGGCAAACAAAUGCGUAUCAAAAUGAUUAUACUUUUAGAAAUUCUAAAACAAUACCGAAAGGCGGAAUAUUUUCACAUUAUUUUGAUUGUAAAGUAAAGAGAAAUAAUGUAAUUGGAAGAUUCAUCACUUUGAAUUCGACAUCACAAGUAUUUCAAUUCUGUAAUUUAGUGAUUAAGGGCGAAAAAGUUGAAAAAGACAAUAUUGCGAUUAACGGAAAAGCCUAUCGUGAUGGAAUAGCAGACAAGAUAGCAAAUGAAGCAAUUAAAGAUACUAUUAACUGUUCAAAAUCAUAUACAUCAACAGGUGGAAGAUUACGAAACUUUGACAUCUCUCUUGUUCCAUAUGAUUAUCGAAUUGAAGAUGCAAAUAAUAUCCAGUUCUUACGCCUUAAAACAAUAUAUAAUUUUACUGGUUCAAUGAUGGAUAGUUCGGCGUUUACUGUGAAUGUUCCGUUUUCUAGUAAUAACACAAGAGGAAUUGUUAUAAGGAAAAGGGACAAUAAAUGUUAUUUAAACAUUCGUUGUAGUGAUGGAAGUUUAGAUUUAUGUCAAGUUUAUGUUAAAGGAAAAGGAAUUUAUUGCAAUGAUAAUGAAUUCGGAAUUCCUCCAAAAUGCACACAGUGUCCUUUGCAUUGUAAUAAGAAUUAUAAUUAUUCAGCAGAGAAUUUGGAAUAUUGUCAAUGCAAAAUUGGUUAUGAAAUAUCAAAUGGAAAAUGUGUUUUUAUUGGUUUGUUGGAAAGAAAUUUGGAUAAUGUAAUAUUUGAUAAGGAAAACAACACUGUUCAUAUUAAUUUGGCGAAUUUCCUUUCAAAUCCGAAAAUAAAGACUAAAGCUUUUGCGGGCUAUGAAAUCUCUUUGGGAAAUGACACAUUGAUAUUUGAAAAUGUUAUAAUUUAUGAUACAUCACUUUUCGUUGACAAAUUUAUAAGACACAAAAAUGAAACUAAGAUACUUUCUGUAGAAAUUAGAGUUAGAAAUGAAUUGGAAGAUUGUUCAGUGUCUCUUGGAAAGAGCAGUGAAUCUUCUGUUGAAAUACCACCGUGUUCACGUCCAAACUCGCUGACUGGUUUGAGGUAUACAGAAGUUCUAUUCAGUCCGGAAAGAAAUAAAUGGUUAUAUUCAAUAACUUGGAAUAAACCAAGAAGCCGAGGACAUAAUUGUAAUAAAUAUUUGGGUGUUCAAGUCUCAUUUGUUGUUGUAAGUUCUAAAGUGGAGAAUAGAAAAAGUGAAGUUAAUCAAAUGAUAAUUGAAGAUAUUACAAAAAAUUUUACGGAAAUGUUUUUGAAUAUCAAUGUCAGUGGUUAUUUCACAGUUGAAGCUCUGAACGAACAUUACUCUAGUGAGCAAGUGAAAUCACCUAAUAUAAAUCUAGAAAGACCAGAGACAUCCAGUAUAGAAAAUGAAAGUGAUAAUGAUAAUUAUGAUUUUAGUCUUACUUCUUUUAUUAGAAUUGAUGUUUUAUAUAAUUUUGUUUAAUGACAGAUUCUUCAAAGUCUAUUCCUUUUUGGCCUUUCAUUGUUGGCGGUGUUGUUAUUUUAUUGGUUGUAGUGACUAUUGCAUUUAUUUACUUCUGUUAUAGAGUACAUAAAAAAGUCGUUAAUGAGCGAAAGGAAGAAUUACCAUCGCAAAACGAAUAUGUUAACAAUGUAGAGGAAAAUACUUAUUGCGAAGUGAAAGAAAAGCCAUUUUAUGUCAAUUUAAUUCAUUUAAAAUGUUUUAAAAAAAACAAUGAGUAGUAAUAUUAAAUGAAAAUAGAAUUGGAUAUUAAUGUCAUUGCUUUUCAUUUAGUCUUUUACUUGAAACAAUUUUCAUUGUGUUAUUUUCUUUAAAGAGACUUUAUUUCUUGAAGAUAAGAGAUUACUACUCAAAAUGCAACUGUUAUUUGUCAAAAAUCAUAUCUUUUACUUUUUUUGUCUGUUCAUAAUUUAAAUGUUAUUUACUAAUCAGCUUUUUUCCUCUUAAUUAUUGUUCUUGCAGUAACUGUUCUGUGAUAUGCAAAUAUUUCUGCAUUUAACUAAUCUUUUGAAAUGUAACUUAUCCCUUCACAAUAAACAAUCUUACUAUUCAUAUCAGGCAUAUUGCGAGCGA